CAGCGUGUGACCUGCCGCGCCGCUCGCCGCCGCUCCCGGGCUGCGAACCGUGCGUCACGGGAGGCUGGCGGCCAGCCCCGCCACCGGCAUCGCCACCGCCAGCGGCACCGGGUACCGGCACCGACACUGGGGAGAAGCAGCGGGCGUCGACACCGGAACCGGACGGCGGCACCGACAGCAGCCCCGGGCACACGAGCGCGGGCAGGCAUCAGCAGCGAGUGACGACCCCCUAACGGCCCCCGGCCCGGCCAUGCGGUGAGGAGCGGCCCGGCGGCUCCGCGGGGCGACGGGAGGCGCUCGGUUCUCCGGCCCUGGUAACGGCAGCGGCGCGGCAGGCCAGGCUGCCCCCACCCUGCGCCGCCGCCUGCACCAGCAGCCGCCAGCUCGCCCCCAGACCGGGGAGUUGCGGCGGAGGCAGCUCUCGGUACCGGUGCCUGUGCUGUCCCGCCAGCAGGGCCAUUCUUCUCCGUCCUGCGUGAGAUUUGCUGCUUUCCAGCCGGAAAACCCGCGAAGAACAACAAAAACAAGGCACCGAAUCCCGGGAAAGGCGGCCCGGAAAGGAAUUGCAAAAUCCCCGGGCCGGGAUCACGGGAGGUUGAGCUGGUUUGGGGUCGCUUCCCAGUGCCUUCCCGGCGCCUACCGACUGGCGGGGAGGAGGCUGGGCUAUUUUGGCCAUAGGGACCCCGAGAGAAGUGACUUUGGAUUUAUUUCCUUGCUGGCAACCAGUUCUUUUCCUCCCGGGAAGUGGGACGGAGGGAUCAGCGUCCCAGCCAGAGAGAAACCUGCGUGGACAUGGCAGAGCCCAGCUCUGGCUCCAGCUGGGGCUUCGAUCCCGUAGGAACGAGGGAAAUGCCGCUGGCUUGACCGGGAAAUGUUGUUUUUAAAGUGGGGAAUGUUGUUUUUAACUGGGGAAUGUUGUUUAUAAGCAGGGCACUGGGAUUGGGGGGGGUCACUUGGCCAUAGGGACCUUGGCGUCGGCUCUUAAGGGAUUUCUUCUGCACCGCUUUUUCUUGCCCCGGGAGUCCUGCCCCUUGCCCACCUGCCCUGCGUGGUGGCCCCGCUGCUGAGCUCGCUCCCGGGGGAUUUGUUCCGGGAUUGCUGUACGCCGUGGUCCCCCAGCCAGCCUCGGGAUCGGCCAUGGCGUUGAAAGCCAGAGCGCUUUACAGCUUCCAGAGUGAAAACAAAGAGGAGAUCAGCAUCCAGGAGAACGAAGAGCUGGUCAUCUUCAGCGAGAACUCCCUGGAUGGGUGGUUACAGGGCCAAAACAGCCGCGGGGAGACCGGCCUCUUCCCUGCUUCCUACGUCGAAAUCCUCCGCUCCCGGUCAGGCUCCAGCUACACGGACUAUUCCAGCAGCCCGGCUGGCUCCCCCGGGCACGACUUCUACACAGCGCCCGCCAACCCCAGCAUCUCCUACCAGGGUAGUUUCGAGGAUGAUGAUGAUGAUGAUUGGGAUGACUGGGAUGAUGCUUGCACAGUGGUGGAGGAACCUCGGAGUGCGCCGGGCACCAAUGGGCACCCUUCACCCAGCCUUCAGUACCCAGCAGCCUAUGACCACCACCAGCAUGCUGGUUACCGUCCCAAGCCGGCACUGGAGAGGCAGGACAGCAUGAGCUCCUCCAAGAGGGGCAGCGUGGUGGGGAGGAACCUUAACCGCUUCUCCUGCUUUGUCCGUUCAGGGGUGGAAGCCUUCAUCCUGGGCGAUGUACCCCUGAUGUCCAAGAUUGCCGAGACCUACUGCAUUGAGAUGGGCUCCAAAGGUCCCCAGUGGAAGCCAAACCCCCACCCCUUCAUCUGCUCUGUGGAGGACCCGACCAAGCAAACGAAGUUCAAGGGCAUCAAAAGCUACAUCUCCUACAAGCUGACCCCCAGCAGCAUCAACUCUCCUGUCUACCGGCGGUACAAGCACUUUGACUGGCUCUACAACCGCCUGCUGCACAAGUUCAACGUCAUCUCGGUGCCCCACCUGCCCGAGAAGCAGGCCACGGGGCGCUUCGAGGAGGACUUCAUCGAGAAGCGCAAGCGGCGGCUCAUCCUCUGGAUGGACCAUAUGACCAGCCACCCUGUCCUCUCCCAGUACGAAGGCUUCCAGCACUUCCUCUGCUGCCGCGACGAGAAGCAGUGGAAGCUGGGCAAACGCCGGGCGGAGAAGGAUGAGAUGGUGGGUGCCAGCUUCCUCCUCACCAUCCAGAUCCCCACAGAGCACCAGGACCUGCAGGACGUGGAGGACCGCGUGGAUGCCUUCAAGGCCUUCAGCAAGAAGAUGGACGACAGCGUCCUGCAGCUGACCAAUGUGGCUUCGGAGCUGGUGCGCAAGCACGUGGGAGGCUUUCGGAAGGAGUUCCAGAAGCUGGGCAAUGCCUUCCAAGCCAUCAGCCACUCCUUCCACAUGGACCCUCCAUACAGCUUGGAUGCCCUCAACAAUGCCAUCUCCCACACUGGCAAGACGUAUGAGACCGUGGGGGAGAUGUUCGCCGAGCAGCCCAAGAAUGACCUAUUCCUCAUGCUGGACACUCUCUCUUUGUACCAAGGGCUCCUCUCCAACUUCCCAGACAUCAUCCACCUCCAGAAAGGCGCCUUCGCGAAGGUGAAGGAGAGCCAGCGGAUGAGCGACGAGGGCAGGAUGGACCAGGAGGAGGCCGACGGCAUCCGCAAGCGCUGCCGCGUGGUGGGCUUCGCCCUGCAGGCCGAGAUGAACCACUUCCACGAGCGGCGCGUGGCCGACUUCAAGAGGAUGAUGCAGUCCUACUUGAAGCAGCAGAUCAUGUUCUACCAGCGUGUCAGCCAGCAGCUGGAGAAGACCUUACGCAUGUACGACAACCUCUGAGGCCUCCUCCGCUUGCUGCCCCGCCGCAGCCAGGCGCUGCUCCGCUCCAGCCUCGCAGACCCUCUCCGUUUGCCGUGGGCUUGAGAGCAAGCAUGAACUCGUGACGCUAGUGACCAAAUAAACACCUUCGGGCUUUCUUCCCCCUUCCCACCAGGCGGGCAGGCUGCGGUCCUGCGGGGAAGGGCUUGUCCAUGGGCUGCCCAUGACACCUCUUUCCCUGGUGACCUCCCACCCUGCCGCGGGUCUGGCAGGGGCACAGGGCAGGCUGAUGGGAGGACGGGCAUGGAGGUGGCGGUGCUGGUCUCUCUGCGCAGUGGUUUUUAAGCUUUCUGAAAACCCAUCCUCCUGGAGCAGAGAGGGUGGGUGCAUCCCAGCCCGCUGGGAGAAGAAAUCCAAGCAGUCAACAUUUUGCACACUACAAGCUUUUUCUGACUUGGGGUGGGAGUGGGGAAGAGAGAAAAGCAAAAGAUCUUUAUUUGGAAGAUAAUGAUUUUUGUUUUCCCUUCCUCAUCUCAAGAUAUUUUCAAUACUUCCUUUUUUUUGGCAGAUG